AUGGAACUUGGAAGAUAUGGAAAUAAAAAAGCGCUCUUGAUAUUCAUUCAACUAUUUAUAAAAAAGGAAAAAAUAAAAGAGUUUGUAUUCAAAAUGGAAAAAGAAUGGCGGCGCGAUGAAGAUUUGUCAUCAAAACUAACUAGUGUAAAGCGGAAAUUGGUUAAACAAACCGAUCUUUAUAUUAAAAGUAUUUAUAAAGUUUAUUUUUUCAAUUAUCUCGAAAAAUUAGAAACGAAAAAAAUUAACGGUGGUGUAACGCAGUUUGGUUGUGAUUGGACUGCCGUUUCCUGUUUAUCAAUAUCCAUUGUUUGCAGUAUAUAUUUACUAAACCCGCUGUUUAUGGUCUUAGUAAACAAGUUCAUUCUUCAUAGGAACGUGUCUCAUACCGUUGCAUUAGGAUUAGCCACCCCAUUUAACUACGAAGAUAACUUUCUCAGUUAUAUUUUGCUGGUUAUUGUUGAGUAUCGAUUGGCCAUGAUAGUAGCCUACGAGUUGCAGUGUAGUCAAUACUUCAUAACAAUAUCUAUGGACCAUUUAAGAGUCUUGUUCAUUCUAAUACAAGACGAAUUUAAGGAAGUCAUUUGUUUGCCGAACGAUGCAAAUAAAGAGAAAAGGUUCAAAGAAACAAUACAACGACAUUCCAGGUUAUUGGAAUUGCUUUGGGAUCUGAACGGAACAUUUGGUUGUCUAUUCGCAAUAAAUUAUAUUUUCCUAUCAUCUACCAUUUGUUUUUGUGUUAUAUCAGCAUGCACGGAUGGCAGCUUGGAGGAUUUAAAAACACUCUGUAUUUCCAUUCUUGUCAUCGUCAACGUGUUUUACUGUUGCAGAGGUGGUGAAUAUUUAGUUAAUUCGGCGUCAGAAGUUUCUACCGCCAUAUAUGAUGCACCGUGGUAUGAAUUACCGAACCAGUACAGGAAAGAUCUAAUAUUUAUAAUUUCAAGGUGA